AUGAACAGAGGAAGAUCUGUUCUCAGCCCUCCUCCCAAGAAGCGUAAGUACAUGGCAACAUCCAAUCUUUGCGCGCACGCGAACCGGGUACUCAUACACUCAAAGCUCUCNACCCUCGCCGCCCUCGACAAGCCCCCGAUCCUGCGUCGCGGCAGAGAUGGCAUGUUCAUGACCACCGAGGAAAUUGAGCGCGACGAUGCUCGCAUGGCUGCCGAAGAGAGAGCCCGUCCUUGUUCUCGCCCUCCGGUCAACAAGCCCGAGGAAGUCUUUCCCGCUUCGGGAUGGCCGACUGCCCCUCAAGCUCACGUUUCACCGACGAGGAGAUCCUCGCCCUGGCCUCCACCACCACUCNNCUCCCCCAUCCCCGCCAGAAGCCCUCUCCGCCUCCGCCGCACCCCUCCCGCUGCCACCGUGCAGCCCGACAGNCCCUCCUCCUCGCUGUUCGGGCCCGGCCCGGGAUUCCAGCAGGGAGCUCCCUGGUCACUGACCGGGGCUCUUCUGCCCUCCGUCGAGCUGGCUUCCCCCUCCCUGGCCUCCUCGGCUCCUUCAGAGUACCUGGGUGGUUCCUCUGCUGCUGCCUCUGUUGUCGAGGACGAGGGACCUCGUGGUGUCGACUACAACCCCGACACCACGGGGUUGGCCUCUGGCUUUUCGUCUUCGUCGUCGUCGGGGGCUUCGCUCCUUGUGAGUGACGGUUCGGUGGUGGUACCUCGCCGUAGAUGGACUGUGUAG